AUGUUGGGCUCCCUCGCAGGUCCCAAACAGCCCCCGCCUGGCCAGCAACAGCAGCAACAGCAGCCCCAGGCCCCCCAGCAGCAGCAGGGCCCCCAGAAUUCCGAGCUCCAGCAGAUCCCCCAGAGCGGCCAGGACUACACGCUCUCUAGCGUCCUCCACUACCUCCAGACCGAAUGGCGGCGAUACGAGCGCGACAGGAAUGAGUGGGAGAUCGAGCGGGCGGAGAUGCGGGCCCGCAUCGCGCUCCUCGAGGGCGAGCGCCGCUCUUUCGACAAUGUCAAGCUGGACCUGAUGCGGCGCAUCAAGAUGCUCGAGUAUGCCCUGCGGGUCGAACGCUCCAAGCAGCUCACGCAGCCCGCGGCGCAAGCGGUCCCUCCUGCGAAGCUCGCCUCGUUGCAGUCGCAGGUCGCUAUCGCGUCACAGAAAGAUGACGCGAGCAGCGGGAGCUCGCCGCGUAGCGAAGAUUCACCGCUACCACCCGAUCGCAUGUCUAUUGGGUCCGUCCCCAACGGUGUCGCCUCGGGAGGACCGCCCAGUCGCACUCAGACGUGGGUGGGACAGACGGCGUGGUCUGGCGUCAACCCCAAUGCUGCCACCAUGGGUAGACCCGCGCCAGGUCGCGACCCGAAAAGCAGGGCGAGGAGUAGAGACUUUUUGAAGCAGUGCCUCCAAGAAGUCUCGUAUCUCACGUCCCCACAAGCCAUGAACCCGCUUCCCAACCGACCACUCCUUGCUACCAACACCAUGCCUCCUCAGCUCCCGAAUGUUCCUUCAUUUGAACAGAUUGGCUACAAUGGCCGCUUGAAGAAAACUAUCCCGGAAGUCGGGAAGGACUACUCUACAAUGAACGGCAUGCCGUCCGGUCCGUCGAGCGCGCCUGCAUCGAACGGUCCGCAAGUCAACCCGUUUGACCGCCCCGGUAUCACAGGUCCGAACAUGUUCGGCCAGCCUCAGAUGCAAGUGCCGUCCGGGCAGCAGCAACAGUAUCAGCAACAAGUCCAGCCGCCUCAACCACCGUACCAGGGCGAAAGCAAAGACCGUGAGGAGCCGGAACAGCCGAUGUCUGAUGAUAGUGGGGAUUGGAAGGAGAGGUUCCGGUUAUCACAGGAGGGCUCUGAGCAGACUCGCCACCAGCUCAACAACAACAUCAGCGGUGCGGGUGCGUGGGAACGGCGUGCGAGGGAGGAGGAGGAUGGCAAGGAGGAGGAAGAGGAUGAGGAAGACGACGACUCGAGUGUGAUGGGCGAAGGCGAGAGCACGAAGGUGUGGAAGGCGAAGCGGACCCUCAGGAAUCACCUCGAUGCGGUCCGCGCUAUUGCGUUCCACCCAACAGAGCUCUGCCUGGCGAGUGCGGGCGACGACAGUACCGUUAAGGUCUGGCGGGUGGAUCUCGCCAGUCUGACCGCCCCCGCGUCAAGGGCCACGACGGAGGUCGAGCCGCAGCUCACGCUCCGCGGACACUCGGCGGCCAUCACCUGUCUGGUGCACUCGCCCGCGAAAGGCCUUCUCUACUCCGCUUCGAUGGACUCCUCGAUCCGUGUAUGGGCGCUGCCUCCCCCCUCUCAUACAACGUAUGCGCCGUACGACGCGAGCCGGGCACGCGGUGAGCUUAUCGGACACACGGACGCGGUGUGGGACCUGGCGCUCGCCCGGGACGAGAGCACGCUCAUCAGUUGCGGUGCGGAGGGGCUCGUGAAGGUCUGGGACGUCUCGGGCUCUAUAGGCGGCGGGUCGCUGAAGCUGUCGUGGUCGUACGAGGGCCUCGAGACCGCGGGCGACUUGAGUCCCGAUGGUGCCCUGCCGGGCGCGUCAGCCGUGGAGGCGAUCAAGAGCGACCUCAAGAAGGUGGCCGUGGCGUACCAGAACGCGGUGAUCAAGGUGUUCGAGAUCGAGACAGGAAAGGAGCUCAUGAAGCUGCAAGUUGAGCCAGUUGAGGAUGAUUCCGCGUCGGCGCAGGCCAACGCCAUCGUGUCGCAUCCGACCAUGCCCCUGCUCAUCACCGGCCACGAGGACAAGCAUAUACGCAUAUUUGACAUCAACACCGGCCAGUGCACACACUCGAUGCUUGCGCAUCUGGACGCAGUUACGUCAUUGUCCCUCGAUGCGGCGGGCUUCCUCCUCGUCUCGGGCAGCCACGACUGCUCCGUGCGCUACUGGGAGAUCCUCGGCUCCAAGGCGUGCAAGCAGGAGAGCACGAGCCACCGGGAGAAGGCGCGCGAGGGCGUGCUCGACGUCGAGUUCCACCCGUCGCUGCCCGUCAUGGCGAGCGCCGGCGCGGACGGUGUCGUCAAGCUGUAUGCGACGAGCUCUGCGUCAUGA